GAUUUCAAAACAACAGCCUUUCUAUCUGUAGCAACCACGCUGCUGUCUGCAGUGACCGUGCCUUUAACUGAACAUCCCACAAAAUGUCCGAGGGUAAACACACGCUGUGGUCUUCAGAGGAAAUCAGCGUGCUACUCGCGAUAUGGUCCUCCUCAGAGAUCCAAGAGAAGCUGGAGAGGUCGAAGAAGAAGCAAAUAGUGUACGACGAGAUAAGCCAAGAAAUGAUGAACGGCGGCUUCAAUCGCUCGUCCGAGCAAAUCGUAAACAAGCUGAAAAAGCUUCGGAAGGAAUAUAGGGAUCUGAAGAUGAAACCAAGCAAACGCGGCCGUGGAGGACAGAACAAGAGAACAUUCGACCAUGGAGUUAUGGAGUCGAUUCUGGGAGACCGACCAUCCAGUCAUUUCACCAGGGCCUUGAAUUCGGCGACGGCCACUGUGGAAACCAACCCUGAAUCGCCCGUGUCAUCUGGGGAUGAAAUAAGUAGCAAAGUACAUGAGCACAAAUCUGUACAACAAUGGACUUCAAAAGAAACCAACACGCUGCUCACCAUAUGGUCUUCCACCGAAUUCCAGGAGAGAUUAGAAAAAUCGAAAAGACGGAAGAGAGUAUAUGAAGACAUAUGCCAGGAGAUGGUAAAUGCUGGAUUUACCCGUACAACCGAGCAAAUCGUUAACAAAAUCAAAAAACUUAAAAAGGAGUUAAAGGACCAAAAGAUCGAACCAACUAAAAGCAGCAUCCAACUGAACAUUAAAACCGAUGAUGACGACCUUAUGGACAAUGAGCUGGAAAACUUACCAGCCAAUCAACUGUCUGAAGCUUUAAAUUCAGCUUCAGCCAUGCUUGCGAUAAAGGCCGAAUCGCUUUCUUCUGCAGCUGAUCUUGAUGAUGAAGUGCUGAACCAACCUGAACCGUCCCUCAGCUCUUCUCAGACGCAAAUAAAAAAGUCUUUGGGAUCAGGCAGAAUAAGGAAGAAUGAUUCAAACCAGGAGCUGCUUGAUUAUUUACAGACUGCUGAUGAACGGUUUAUGGCACAUGCCAAAGAACUUAAUACAGCCAUUCUUAAUAAAAUGGAUGAAGCUACCAAUUCUAUGCUUGGACUUUUGGGACGCAUGGUGACUCUAAUGGAGGCACAGCAGGAAAACAAGCCAUAGACAUGCACACUUCAUUCAUGUUUGCACACAGAGUCAAAGCUAAACUGAAAUCUAUUCUUUGUAACAUUUUUAAUGUGUUCCUCCAUUUUGAAUGGUUAUUUUGUAUAUUAUAGGAAAAUACUGUCAUUGAAUUUCAUAACUUGUUCUAUCCCUGAAAAUGCUUUUGUUUUUCCCUUUACAACACCAUCUUGUCCCAUCUUUGUUUAUAUGGAAGUAGUGUCGCAAACAAAAUGUGUUUGUCUCCUACAAAAGUGGAUUAUUUCGGCAUUCUGAGGUCUUGUCCACACUAACACUGAUAUUUUUUUGUACGUGGUUUGGCUGUUUGUCUACACGCAAAUGCAGUAUUCAGGUUACUGAAACCAAAACCGCUUGAAAACCCCAGCCAGGGUGUCGAUAUUCAGAAACUUUGGUAACUGUGUGGUCACUUGGCCAGUGAAACCACAGUUUUUGACUCAUGAUGUCAGCUUUUGUUUGAUAUCAGGUUAUGCUGCUCUCUGUUCUUUUUCAGGAAUCUGAUGGGCCAACAUGGCCUUAUAUAAAAUCACCAUUUGAUGGUUUGGCAUGUUCUUAACAUGAGAUUAGGAUGCUGUAUGCAAGUUUUUGACUCUUCUAAAGCAUAGAAAUACCAUAUGUUUGCAGAUAUUUAAGAAACAUGUCAAGUGAACAUAUUUGUUUAUCUGAAAAACAAUGCUAUAGUCAGUUUACUAGAUUAUUAGUCUUUGUUUUUGGGUCACUAUAACCUGCCCACUGCCAGUUUACCUAUUUAUAUUACAACACUCUGGGUUGCCUUGGUGGAAAACACCAAAUUUCAGUUUAGUCUUGAUGGCUGCGGUUGAAAAUGCAGCCUCUGGCGAACAGCAGCAGCCUCUGAAAUGAGGCGCAGAUUCAGAGUUAUAAAAAUCCACGUUAGGUGGCUUUUAUUUGCUAAUAAUAUAAAUUACAACCACAAACAUUAGCUGAGCAGCAUACAUUUUAACGGUGUCAUAAGACUUAAGAGACAAGCAAAUUUACUGUCUGAUCAGACGACAGAAACAUUUAAAUACAGCUAUUCAGAAGCACAGAAUAAUGUAUUGCACUUCAACAAAAAGUUUUAGAAUCUAAUUAAUACAUAUUAAACCCCUUUAACAUUAUUAAAAUUACAUGCUGGGUGACUGAUAUUUGCUGGUUUGCAAAUGUUCGUUUUAUUUUAAAGAUCUGAGGUAGACUAUCUGCUGCUGCCUUCAAUAUGGCAUAAAAUGUCAUGUAAAAUGGCAGUCACACUCGCAUUGGUAGCAUUUAACGCUGAAAAGAAAGCACAUAAUCAGUACCUGAGGUGAUCAUGUCAUAGUAGUAGUUCGCUUGGAUGUAGCCAAUCUGAAUCUAAACAACCUGCGUUUGCCUGGCUUUCUCAGGGGAGGGGCUUAAUGACAAAGUGUUUCGAUUUUUGAAUUGCAAUGCCAAGUUAAACUACUGGGGGUCAAUCUGACAUACUGCACCUUAAAAAAACAAAACAAAUGAGGGAAAACUUUGAUAAAAAUAUCAGUGUACAUGUGUACAUCACCUCAUACGCAAAAUAUGGACACCCUGUGAUUUGCUCCUAUAAAAACAUUUUAUCUGACAGGUGUGAAGGUAAAGCGACUCUAUUAACGAAUAAACCAUUAAUUGUUUUUAACAAA